GCGACAGAGAGGAAGAAAGAGAGAGAGAGAGCGAGCGCAGGACAAAAAGCUCAUCAAGAAGUGAGAGUUAAAGAGGAGGAAGCGAGUUCGUGGAAAAAGGAACAAAAUAAAUUAAAAUAAAAGGACAUGCAAACGGCCUUGUCGAUGACCUUCCAUCAUCUUUAAGAAACGUUUUGAGAGAGAGAGAGAGAGAGAGAGAGAGAGAGAGAGAGAGAGAGAAAAGCAAAUUGGUCACAAUGAUGAAGUUGUGGAGUCGACUCUGCUUCCUCGUUUUAGCAAUUUCUUCAAUAUCCAAAGGACAAAAUGGAACUACAGUUCCUCCAGAUCCCCCUGCAGCCUCUACUCCACCCCCGGCGGAUGAGACUCUAAAUGAGACUGCUCACGCCUUGCCGCCCACCGCUUCUCCUCAGAGCAACACAUCAGCGAAUGCAACAGAUCUGCCUUCAACAGACUUCAUGAAUCAAACGGUAGAACCUCACAGUUCAGACGACUUGAACACAACAACAAAGGAAGCUAAGGCCAGCGCAACGUCGCAGACAGCCACCAUGGUCAGAGCGUCUGAGAGCGGGAAGGAUAGUGUGACAACGGUUGUCACAGCGACGGGCAGUACCUCACUUAAACCAGUGAUAAUUGAAGGCACGGGUAGUUCGUCCGCAGGUUAUGUGAUCCUCAUAUUGAUCUUCGUGAUCAUCAUUAUUCUGUGUGUCAUCCUCUACUUUCUCAGGAGAGCCUCCAGGUCGUACUCGUUUGACCUCCAUCGUCCGGUUCCCGCCAACCAUCACAACGAACCCACCGGCAACUUUGAACCAGUCUACCUGGACGACCUGGAUCGACCAGCUCCUAAAGAUGAAGUGACCACCGACGCCCCUUCACCUCCUCCAGUAUCCAAUGGCACAACUCUACAGUCGGAGGAUCUGAUCUCCAAUGGAGAGAGCGCUCCACAGAACCAGCCAGAUGCAAACGGUCUGGAGAUUUCAUCCCCCAGUAGUAACACCAGUCCCUCACUGGGCCACGACGCAGCUGACAAGACAUCCAGCCCAUUCAGCAGCACCAACAUGUUCUUCGAUGCUAUCGGGGAGGAGCAGCAGAACGAAAACAACAACAACCCAUCGAUUUCUUCCAGUGAGCCGUUUGUUGAAAUAAACCUUGACGAGCCGGUGUGGUGCGAUCAGCUCCUUACCUCCUCUGAAGCUCCUUCUUCUGUCCUCCCCUUCUCUCCUUUCUCCUGCUCCUCUUCCUCCAUUUCUUCUUCUUAGCACCUUCACCAGUGACCCCAAGUUCAACAUGGAAAGAAAAACAACAAAAAUGUAUGAGUAUUUUUAUUUCCAGCAUGCUAAAAACUAGCUGUCAACAUAAAGCAUACUGUUGUAUGUUUAGAUGUAUUUAGCAAAUUCAGCAAUCUGAUAAGUUCGUGUUUUGCCUAAUAAAGGUUACCUUGGCACCAUAUCCUUCUUGUCUUAAGCACAGUCAAACAACAGUGAGGUCAGUUAACCCAAACUAACCGUUAGCUUAACUGUUAGCUAGCUAUAGCUAGCUGGGCAACUCAGCAUUUUGUGCUGUAGCCUUUAGUAUAUAUGUCUAUGGUAGCAACCCUUUGUUUUAUCGCAUUUGAAAAUGAAUGAAGAGUAGGCUUACUUUAAUGGAGUGCUUGUCACACUUUAGCACUGUUUCUCAAACUACAACAAAACGUUGUUAGCAAGCUAUUAAAAGCUAGUAUUUCUCCUGUAAUUCUGUUGUGCAAUCCUAGCAACAAAAUAAUGUUUUACCUGCACAGUUAACGGUAAAUAUGUUUUCUAUAUGAUACAAAAUAGUUGUAAAACACAUUGAUAUACACUUUUAAUCAGCAUUUUGUAAGGGUUAUAAAUGUCUGUGUAUAUUAAUAGAAGUUAAAAUGCUUUCUGUUUUCCUUCACAUUUUUUUAGUAAAUAGUUUUUUUGUAUAAAAAACAAUGCAAGAGAAAUACAUAAAACAAUAGACUGUACUGCUGUCAUUUUGUUUUAUUUAGGAUAGUUAAUGUUUUGAACCAAACUGACACACACAUGUAUAACUUAUUGUUUUAUAGGGAAAUGGAUACUUCCUUUUUGUCAUU